AUGCCCUCCCUUCGUUUACUUCGUCAGACAUCCCCUAGCGACGUUCUGGCGACCGUGAUAAGCGGCUUGGAGGUGUUAAAAGAGACCUCCCAUGCUAUCGCUGUUAUCCCACUCAUGGGAGACGUCAUCGGUAUCGCGCUCGGAAUCGCCAAAACCAUCGAGAGAAUCCGCGGUGACAGGGAACAAUUCGUUCGCCUUGCGAGAUCCAUGUCUGAGCUCUUACGUCACAUCGAAGAGACAGUCGCUGCCGAUCCGCAAGCAGUAGACGACAAGUUACGGCACAACUUGCGGGAUCUUUGCUCGUUGCUAACUCGUGUUCAACAAGAUGUCGAGUUACAGCUUCGCCGGAAACCACUCGCCCGGUUUUUUCUUCAAGGGUCUAUCACAGAGAUGCUCGAGGAUCGCACACACCAAAUCGAAACUGCGUGGCGCGCGUUUGAUGUGUGGCCCCAAUUGGACGUCUCGAUAAAACCCGUGUUAACGAUGCGCCCACAGCUUCGUUUAUUCCGCAGAAAUGAUAUUCGAUGCUUCAAAGUUCGGGGCACCCAUCGCGUUGACGGUCGUGACAUCGGGGAGGAGUGGGACGGCCGAUGGGAAGGGCGCGCCAUCGUUGUUCGGACAAUCCGAACACCUGCUGAAGUCCAGGUGAGUUGGCUUACAUCAUACCAUCCCUACAUCGCCCAAGUCCUCGGGUACUCCCAUCCUUCUCUGCAAGAGAGGUUCUAUGUGAUGGACACAGGUAAGGCCUAA